CGAGACCUGCGUGAAGAGCAUUAACUCUGCGAUGAGUUCGAAGCAGAUCACUCUGAGUGUGGCAAUAGACAGUAGCAGAAAACUUGCCCCCACUGCUGGUGCAAAGAAGAAGUGCCAAGAAGAGGUCGAGAAGUCUUGCCAUCCUCCACUCCUUGUGUUCUUGCAAGUCAAGUGCAGGUUAUUUAUAGAGAGAGAGAGAGAGAGAGAGAGAGAGAGAGAUGUCUGCAAUGAUUCAGUUGGUCUAAGCUGCAAUCGUGGGAUCAUCCAUGUUCUUCCGAACUAGCUCGGCCUACACGUUUUCACCAGGUAAAGGACAUGCCUAACAAAACCAUGCAUUCAGAUUCACUCAGAUCCAACAGCUAACAUGAUUAGAUCCUCAAGGGCGGUCAAUCCAAAAAAAUGAAAUCUGGGCUUGUGAGAACCGAGCGUGUUUGCCAACCGAAUUCACUGAAUCACAGAUCUGAAAGUAUGAGGCUCAACCAAUUUGUCUUUUUAGGUUUGUCACUGCCCGAGCUGGAUCAUAACCAAGGUUGAAUUCAGACAAAUGCUCCGACAGGAUCUGAUCCUGUAUCUUGGAGCUUCCUCUCAUGCUUUUGUUCUCUACUGCCUGAUGAACUGUUGUCCUCUUCCUGCAGAUAGGAAAUUCCCAGAUGCUCACAUGAAUGAAGAUAACCCUGUUUGUCUUGCUUUAUUUGCUGUUUCUUUCUUGUUGUGUCUCUUUCAGAAUCCAAGUGGGAGAGCAGCAAUCGGUGGAGGGGAAUGGUGCGAGGAAGCUACUAAUUCCUAUAUUCUUCAAACCACCUUCAUCAGAGACUAACUUACAUUAUUAUAACCAGAGUUAGAGUUGAUUAGGCACAUAGCUAUAGAUUAAUCAUUCCUCCAAACUACACAGCAGAGUUUAUCCUAAGAUUUCCUUUCAAUGAGACACUGUUCCUUUUAAUGACUUGUUGACUUUGCUUUACUUGGUGGUCAAGUUGCCAUCUCUUGUUCAACUGCAAGUGUGUCCAACUCCUCAUUGUGGCAGGCAUAAGGUAUUAAGAACAUGCUGAAAGCAGUGCAGAUAAAAGAGUCAAUGCAUGCAUUCAUGUUCUUCCGUGACAAGAAUGUUCUCAGAUGCAGCUUGAAUCGCAUGGCGUGCUAUGUUCUUUUGUAUUGGCUAAACUUUGCAGGACAAAAUGCAAAAUUCAAGUAGACAUGUUCUUAGCUUUGACGGUGGAAUCGGUCCUCCUCGAUUGUCGAGGCUAACAUAGACCGAUUCCUCAGCCUUCAGCAACACAUGGUAGAUGAACAGAGCAGGACCGGUGAGAUCUGGCUACAGGUUCUGCGGCUAAGCUCACCUACGGUUCUCUCCGUUUUCUGGUGAUCUAAGAGAGUGGUCGAAGGUCGAAGAUGGUGAAGAUCUGCUGCGUCGGAGCGGGUUACGUCGGCGGCCCCACCAUGGCAGUCAUCGCCCUGAAGUGCCCGGCCGUCGAGGUGGUGGUCGUCGACAUCUCCGUCGCCCGCAUCACCGCGUGGAACAGCGAGCAGCUCCCUAUCUACGAGCCCGGCCUCGACGACGUGGUGAAGCAGUGCCGGGGGCGGAACCUGUUCUUCAGUACCGACAUCGAGAAGCACAUCGCCCGGGCGGACAUCAUCUUCGUCUCCGUCAACACGCCGACGAAGACCCGCGGCCUCGGCGCCGGCAAGGCCGCCGACCUCACCUACUGGGAGAACGCGGCCCGCAUGAUCGCCGAUGUCGCCAAGGCCGACAAGAUCGUGGUCGAGAAGUCCACCGUCCCCGUCAAGACCGCUGAGGCGAUCGAGAAGAUCUUGAUCCACAACAGCCGGGGCGUCAACUUCCAGAUCCUGUCUAACCCGGAGUUCCUCGCGGAGGGCACGGCCAUCAAGGACCUGUUCAACCCCGACCGGGUGCUCAUCGGCGGCCGGGAGACCCCCGAGGGGAAGAAGGCGGUGCAGGCGCUGAAGCAGGUCUACGCCAACUGGGUUCCCGAGGACAGGAUCAUCACCACCAACCUGUGGUCCGCGGAGCUCUCCAAGCUCGCCGCCAACGCGUUCCUGGCGCAGAGGAUCUCGUCGGUGAACGCGAUCUCGGCGCUCUGCGAGGCCACCGGGGCGGACGUGGCCGAGGUGGCCUACGCCAUCGGGAAGGACACCAGGGUCGGGCCCAGGUUCUUGAGCGCCAGCGUCGGGUUCGGCGGCUCCUGCUUCCAGAAGGACAUCCUCAACCUGGUGUACAUCUGCGAGUGUCAUGGCCUCCCGGAGGUGGCCAACUACUGGAAGGACGUGAUCAAGAUCAACGACUACCAGAAGAGCCGCUUCGUCAACCGGGUCGUCUCCUCCAUGUUCAACACCGUGUCGGAGAAGAAGAUCGCGGUGCUGGGGUUCGCCUUCAAGAAGGACACGGGCGACACCAGGGAGACGCCCGCCAUCGACGUCUGCAAGGGGCUGCUGGGCGACAAGGCCAAGGUCUGCAUCUACGACCCUCAGGUGACGGAGGAGCAGAUCCAGCGCGACCUGGCGCUCAACAAGUUCGACUGGGACCACCCCGUCCACCUCCAGCCGAUGAGCGCCACGGAGGUGAAGCCGGUGGCGGUCACCAGGGACGCGUACGAGGCCACCAAGGGGGCGCACGGCGUCUGCAUCCUCACCGAGUGGGACGAGUUCAAGAAGCUGGACUACGUCAGGAUCUACGAGAGCAUGCAGAAGCCGGCGUUCAUGUUCGACGGACGCAACGUGGUGGAUCCACAGAAGAUGAGGGAGAUCGGCUUCAUCGUCUACUCCAUCGGCAAGCCGCUGGAUUCAUGGCUCGUUGACAGACCUGCCGUAGUCUAAUUCUGAGCUUUUCCCACAGCAGUAUUCCACCCUUCCUUCCAUCCAUCCAUCCAUCUCAUCUAUUUACUUCGUCCACUUACCAAUUAUUGUCACCUCAAUCUUCUUGCAAAGACCAAAUUCCAUCGCUA